AUGUCCGGAAACCGUAAGCUGCUGGCCCUUCUCCAGCGUCCUUUGGAGCCCACUUUCUACCCAAAGGACAACGGUACAACGGUGAUCGAUCUACCCGACAGUUACUUCACCGAGCGCUACCGCCCGAUCGGAGAGUCCCUGCAGAACCGCUUCGGAAACGACGCCGAGAAUCGGAUCGCAGUGCGCAACGUCGGCACGCCGAACAUUACGUUCGCGGAAGCGAUCGAUCGUCGCGGAGGGUUCUCGCUGUUCAACGAGAAGCACCGGAAGAUUGCCGGAGAUCUGAUCGGACUGUUUCUGGGCCAACCCGACGUGGACUCGUUGAUGGCCGUGGCCGCCUACUCGCGGGAUCGCCUGAAUCCGGUACUGUUCCAGUACGCGCUAUCGGUAGCGAUCCAGCAUCGUCCCGAUACGAAGGAUCUUAACGUACCGUCGUUCUUGGAGCUGUUCCCGGACUCGUUUGUGGAUCCGGCCGUGUUUCCGAGACUUCGGGAGGAAGGUGCCGUGGUGCAGCAGGCGAAUCGGAUGACGAUCGACAUCCCGCAAAACUUCACCGCGUCCGAUCGCGAGGACGAGCAACGGUUGGCGUUCUUCCGCGAGGACGUUGGCGUUAACCUGCACCACUGGCACUGGCAUCUGGUGUACCCGGGUGAAGGGCCCGACCAGGUCGUUCGCAAAGAUCGUCGCGGUGAGCUGUUCUACUACAUGCACCAGCAGCUGAUCGCCCGCUACAACGUGGAACGGUUCUGCGCCAAGCUGGCCCGCGUGCAGCCGCUGAACAAUCUGCGGCAACCGCUUCCGGAAGCAUACUUCCCGAAGAUUAUCCGGAGUGCGAAUAACCGUGCGUUCCCAGCGAGACCGCAGAACCAGCAGCUGCGAGAUUUGAAUCGAGUGGCGGACGAUGUUAUAUUCACGGUGAGCGAUCUGGAACGCUGGGGAAGCCGCAUUGCGGAGGCCAUCGACGCUGGGACGGUGCUUGGGCAAAACGGACAACGAGUACCGCUAACUGAAGCAAACGGUAUUGACAUCCUCGGCAACAUCUUGGAACCUUCCAAGUUGUCGGUUAAUCAGCAGUUCUACGGAAACUACCACGGUAAUCUGCACAACCUCAUAGCCUACAGUCACGAUCCGGACAAUCGCUUCCUGGAGGGAUACGGCGUUGUUGGGGAGUUCCAGACGGCUAUGCGGGAUCCGGCAUUCUACCGGUUGCACUGCGAAGUAGACAACCUGUUCCACCGGUACAAGGCCACACUUCCAGUUUAUCCACCAGCCCAACUUAAUUUUAACGGAAUCCAGAUUCAGUCACUUGCCGUAACGCUGAACCGACCAAAGGCACCUCCGAAUGUCCUGCUAACCUACUGGCAGCGUACACAGGUUGAUUUGGCAUCCGGGUUGGACUUUGGACCGGAAGGAAACGUGUUCGUGUCGUUCACCCAUCUUCAGCACGCUCCAUUUGCGUACCGUUUGACCGUCAACAACAGUACCGGGACACCACGGCGCGGAACCUGCCGAAUCUUCAUCGGUCCCAAGGUGGAUGAGCGCAACACGCCCCUGACGUACAAGGAGCAACGCAUUCUCAUGGUUGAGCUGGACAAGUUUGGCGUUACACUAAACCCCGGUUCCAACGAUAUCGUUCGCCGUUCGGAGCAAUCCAGCGUGACCAUUCCGUACGAGAGGACGUUCCGUGCGGCUCAACUGUCCGGCAAUGCUGCAUCGCCAGCGGAGGCAGCCUAUCGGUUCUGCAACUGCGGAUGGCCCCACCAUCUCCUGUUGCCGAAGGGAACGCCCGAGGGACUCAAGUUCGAUCUGUUUGCGAUGAUCUCGGACUACGCCGGCGAUACGGUGAACCAGGAGUUUGAUGAGAAUGCAAACUGUAGCGAUUCGCACUCUUUCUGUGGACUGCGGGACCGACUGUAUCCGGAUCGUCGCGCUAUGGGUUAUCCGUUCGAUCGGAACGCUCCGGCCGCGGUGCGGACGCUGCAGGACUUUACCCGAGCGAAUAGCAAUAUGGCGGUUACGGACGUGAAUGUUCGCUUUACCAACACUGUGAUUGCCAGAACUUGA